GGCUGACGGCGAGGGAGGAGCCGGGUCCACUGCCGGGUGGAGGGGCAAGGCGAGUGUCCUUAUCCUAGCAAUUGGUGCUCGGGCCUGUGAGCUAGUUGGAGUCGCGGCGGCGGGAACGACUGGGCCGAGCGAAGGAAGACAUGUUGCUUUUCGUGGAGCAGGUAACAUCUAAAGGAACUGGUUUAAAUCCUAAUGCCAAAGUAUGGCAAGAAAUUCCUCCUGGAAGUACUGAUGCCACCCCAGUAACUCAUGGAACUGACAGCUCUUGGAAUGAAACAGCAGCCACAUCCGGGUCUCAUCCUGAGGGUAAUACAGAGCCGUCAGAAGAUAUGUGUAAGGAGUAUGAAGUAAUGUAUUCUUCAUCUUGUGAGACCACAAGAAAUACUACAGGCAUUGAAGAAUCAACUGAUGGAAUGAUUUUAGGACCAGAAGAUCUGAGUUACCAAAUAUAUGAUGUUUCUGGAGAAAGCAAUUCACCAAUUUCUACAGAAGACCUAAAAGAAUGUCUGAAGAAACAAUUAGAAUUUUGUUUCUCACGAGAAAAUUUGUCAAAGGAUCUUUACUUGAUAUCUCAAAUGGAUAGUGAUCAGUUCGUCCCAAUUUGGACAGUUGCCAACAUGGAAGAAAUAAAAAAGCUGACCACAGACCCUGAUCUAAUUCUUGAAGUGUUGAGAUCCUCUCCCAUGGUACAAGUUGAUGAGAAGGGUGAGAAAGUGAGACCAAGUCAUAAGCGUUGUAUUGUGAUUCUUAGAGAGAUUCCUGAAACAACACCAAUAGAGGAAGUGAAAGCUUUGUUCAAAAAUGAAAACUGCCCCAAAGUGAUAAGCUGUGAGUUUGCACACAAUAGCAACUGGUAUAUCACUUUCCAGUCAGACACAGAUGCACAGCAGGCUUUUAAAUAUUUAAGAGAAGAAGUUAAAACAUUUCAGGGCAAGCCAAUCAUGGCAAGGAUCAAAGCCAUCAAUACAUUUUUUGCUAAGAAUGGUUAUCGAUUAAUGGAUUCUAGUAUGUAUAGUCAGCCCAUUCAUACACAAGCACAGUAUGCCUCACCAGUCUUUAUGCAGCCUGUAUAUAAUCCGCAUCAGCAGUACUCAGUCUAUAGUAUUGUGCCUCAGUCUUGGUCUCCAAAUCCUGCACCUUACUUUGAAACACCACUGGCUCCCUUUCCCAAUGGUAGUUUUAUGAAUGGCUUUAAUUCACCAGGAUCUUAUAAAACAAAUGCUGCUGCUAUGAAUAUGGGUCGACCAUUCCAAAAAAAUCGUGUGAAGCCUCAUUUUAGGUUAUCCAGUGGUUCAGAACACUCAACAGAGAGCUCUGUGUCGUUGGGCGAUGGACAGUUGAACAGAUCGAGUUCAAGGAACUUUCCAACUGAACGGCAUAACCCUACAGUACCAGGGCAUCAGGAGCAAACUUACGUUACAAAGGAGACUCCCACUUUGCAGAUGGAACAGAAUGGGGACUAUGGUAGGGGGAGGAGAACUCUUUUCAGAGGUCGAAGACGACGAGAAGAUGACAGGAUCCCAAGACCCCAUCCUUCAACAGCUGAAGCAAAGGCUCCAACACCAAAGUUUGACUUACUAGCCUCAAAUUUUCCUCCUUUACCUGGAAGUUCAUCAAGAAUGCCAGGUGAACUUGUUUUGGAGAAUAGGAUGUCCGAUGUUGUUAAAGGUGUCUACAAAGAAAAGGAUAGUGAAGAGCUGAGAGUUAGUUGCCCAGUGCCUGCAGAAGAUGAGCAGACAGACUACACUUCUGCCCAGCAGCUCAGUACAAAUACCAGUCCUCCAUGUGCAGCUGAGCUUCCUGCAUUAAGCACAACUCAGCAAGAAAAGGAUUUAAUAGAGGAUUCUACUGUUCAGAAGGAUGUUCUCAACCAGAUAACUGUACCAGUUUCUUCCCCAACUACUGCAAAGCCAGCAAGGGCAAAUACUGCUUCACCAUGUAAUAGUAACAUAAAUGCAGCUGUAGCUGUGGUCCUACAGGAACCCAGAAAAUUAAGUUACGCUGAAGUGUGCCAGAAGCCCCCUAAAGAGCCAUCUUCAGUUCUUGUACAGCCACUACGGGAACUUCGCUCCAAUGUAGUGUCUCCUACCAAAAAUGAAGAGAAUACAGCUCCUGAGAAGUCUGUUGAGAAACCACAUGAGAAGCCAGAAGCAAGGGCUAGUAAGGAUUAUUCUGGCUUCCGAGGCAAUACCAUUCCCAGGGGAGCAGCUGGAAAAAUCAGGGAACAGAGACGCCAGUUCAGCCAUAGGGCUAUACCUCAGGGAGUGACUCGACGUAAUGGCAAAGAGCAAUAUGUGCCACCCAGAUCACCAAAGUAAAAAAAAAACACAAAAACAAAAAAACAAAAACUAUUCACACACUUCUCUCUCUUCCCAUUAAACUUGAGCCGUGGCUAUAUUGAACUGUUUUGGAAGGGAGUGGGUAGCCAGGAAGGAAGCAGGAAAAAGUAUGUCCUUAAAUCAUUAUGGAUUUUGGAGUUGUGAACAGUAGGAUCCCAAAAUUCAUCUCUAAUGUGAUUUUUAAAUGCUGGAGGAUUCCAAUCAGUAUAUAUAUAUAUGUGUGUGUGUGUGUGUGUAUAUAC